CAAAUUUGAAACCCGCGUAAUAUGGGUUCGAAUAUGAGACUUUUAUCCUCCUCAAACAUGAACUCCCACUAGUUGGUCACGUAGUUUCAAUUCUUUUACUUAAUCAAAGUAUUACACAUCUUUGAUUUUGGUCAAAUACGGCGUCUUAUUUGUGAGGAUUAUGAUACAACUAGGCAUUUAAGUAUUGAAAGUAACAUGUAAACAGAAAUAAAGCAGAAGGUGAAGCAGUGAAGAAAGGAGGAAGAGACAUAAUUAGUUGUUGAUGAAUCCAAAGAUGGGAGAAGUGAAGGUGCUUGGCUUAUACUCAAGCUUCCCAUGCGCCCGAGUUUUGUGGGCUCUCAAACUCAAAGGCAUAACCUACCAACUCAUCCAAGAGGACUUGCUCAACAAGAGUCCUCUCCUCCUGCAAAUGAACCCUAUCCAUAAGAAAGUUCCUGUCCUCAUACACAACCACAGCCCCAUCAUCGAGUCUCUCCUCAUUCUUGAAUACAUCGAUGAAACGUGGAACGCCGCCUACUCCUUGAUGCCCCGGGAUCCAUAUCAUCGCAGCCUAGCUCGUUUCUGGGCUAAGUUUGCUGACGAAAAGGUUGUUGUAAGCGUAUUCGAAGCCAUGAAACUGGAAGGGGAAGAAAAGGAGGCGGCCGUCGUUGCAGCACAAGAAACACUGCAACUUUUGGAGAAGCAGAUUGAAGGGAAGAAGUUUUUCGGAGGGGAGAAGAUGGGGUACCUGGAUUUAGUGGUGGGGUGGAUAAGCUUGUGGCUUCCGGCAAUGGAACAAGUCGGAGGAAUGAAGCUACUCGACUCAGAGAGGUUCCCUUCACUCUGUGAAUGGACUCACAACUUCGUGCAGGUUCCCGCCAUCCAUGAAUGCCUUCCACCCAAAGAAAACAUAGUCGACUACUUCCAGGGUGGCCUCAACUAUCUGCGUUCGCUGCAAGCAUCCAAGACUUAAGAGGGUAUUUGGUUCAGCUUAUAAACUCCUUAAAACAGCUUAUAGUUGUUGUCUCUUGCACUUUUACUGAUAUAUUUAGUACAAUAAGUAGUGGGAGACUUGCGUGUUCACGAUUCACGUACCGUUGUUUCCGGUUACUCUAGGCCGGCCCGUAACUGGCCCUUCUACAGUUUUAGACUGUAAGGGCCCGAAACGCCGGUUAUUUGGUUCAACUGGCAGUUCCGUCAGUUUCAUAUGUGCUUAAAAGCUACUUUAAAGUUGCAUGUUGUACUUUCUAUAACACAAGUUUGCAAUGAUGAUAGAUGGGAGUAAUUUAAGGUACUACAA